AUGGCUCCCCAGCCGCCGCGGACGCCGCUGGACAGCAUCAAUAAAGACGUUUUCGCCGGCCCGCCCAUGCCGCUGCAGUACACGAGCCCCGUAUCCGUGUACCAGCGCCAGAAUCUCCCGCUCAACCUCAUCGCCUUGAUAUUGUCAUAUAUCGAUGACAUUACCGACCUCGCGCGCGUGACGCGCACCUCGCGCCUGCUCUACUACAUGGCCCUGCCCCGCCUCUACGAGAAAGUCGUCUUGCGAUCGUACAGCGAGCUGCGCUACAUGGACAAUGGCCGCCCGGAAGGAUACGGAAGCGGGAGCCCCUUCGCCAUGGGUCUCAAUGGACUCGUCACCAAGAACAUCGCCCAGUACGUGCGCAGCUGGCGCCUGGUCGGCGAUUGGCGGGAGAGCGACCUCGACGACUUCUCCAGAGGGCGCGUGCCCGACAACUCGAUGAUGCUGAAUAUCGCCGUUCGCGCCGGCAUGGAUAGGAUGCAGAGAUUACAAGAUUUUGCCUGGGAGCUCAACACCAAACCGCUCCAGACGAUAUACCAGGGUCUGCAGGCGUGCGGCACCCUGCAAUCCCUGACUCUGAAAUUUCCGAGCACCCGCAUUCCUCGUCCGACCGUCGUGAUACCACCGCUCCCUAAUCUCCGCGAGUUCAAGGCCCUUGAGAUCGAUCCUCUUUGUUACCCCGACGACAUAUCUGUUCUGCUUGCGCAUUCAAAAAAGCUGGAAGCAUUACAUUUACAUUUCAGUCCCCGGAUGCGGGAUGCGGGCGAGGAAAGCACCAAUCUCAGCGCCUAUUUCGGACGUUGCAUAGCGAACAAGCAGCCUCUCAAGCUCAAGCGAUACUCGAUGAUCAACAUCUACACCCGCGCCACCAACAUCGACCUGGAUGCGCUGAUUGAUGUCGACACACUGGAAGAAAUAUCCUUCAUCAACUGCAACACCCAAGACGCCAUCACUGUCUUCAUCGACGACACCUGGCGGUUAUUCGAACCGCAAAAGAUACCGAAGCACCUGAAGGUCAUGCGCGGCGACGUGCUCGACGCCAAACAAGCGACCGUCAUGGCGCAACUCCAAGGCCUCGAGUGCCUAUACAUCGUCAACGCCAGGCGGAAACCCGCGCGCACAACCCCCAACGGCGUCUCGCCCGCGUCCAACGGCAACAACAACGUCUUCGGCAUACCGGACGGGGGCGCCGGCACGUCGCAAUCGCCGUUCGGCACGACGGGCAACGGGCAGCCGGACACGCCGAUGAGCCGGGAGAGCGCGACGAUCGCGGGCGACUACCUGGCGGCCAUCACGCGGCACCUGGGGCGGACGCUGCGGCACCUGCUGCUGAGCGACCAGUGGCUGCUGGGCGGCGACGUGCUGAUGCAGCUGGGGCGGGCGUGCCCGCGGCUGGAGCAGCUGGGCGUGGCGCUCGAGGAGAAGAACCCGGACAACAUGCGGCAGCUGCUGCGGCAGUUGCCGCGCCUGUGGGCGCUGCGCAUCCUCAUCCGCGCGACGACGCAGGAGCUCGAGCUCAUGCAGAGCAUCUCGGGCAACCUGCACGAGCAGGUCAUCUCGUUCGAGCUGCGCCGCCGCGAGUGGGACCACCUCAAGUGGCUGGGCAUCGGCGACAUGGUGUUCCAGUGCGGCGGCGUGAGGGAGGUGCCGGGCGGUGCGGCGGCGAACACGCCCAAGAGCCCGAUCGAUCCGACGAUGGGGGAGGAGCUGGGCGUCAGGAGGGUCGUGAAGAAGGUGGAUAAGGAGGCGGUGAAGGAUGUGGAGAUUUGGAAGAUGGACAGCUUGGAUGUGAUAUAA